CAACCAAACCGCCGCCGCAGCCGAGGACGACGACGCAACCAGCCCCCGGCAUCAGCAAAACAAUGAAGCCUUCCACAACAGCAACACUACUGGCCUGCACAGCAGUGCACGUGCAGGCCUUUUCGGAUUCCUCACCGUUUAUCCUAUUUUCCACGGCCAAACUCCCACCGGCCCCGUCAGAUGCCCAACUGCAGACCUCCUCGCAAGUCCUCGCCGCCGCAAAGUCCCUGCUCGCGUCAUGUCCGACGACGCGGUACAUCCUCGUCUCGCAGCCGAACAUGCACGCAGCCGACUUCCGCGCCACCGACAGCAGCAACAGCGGCACCGGCAACAGUUGCCGCAUGCCGAACCUGUGUCGCGCGGUUCGCGCGGCGGGCGAGAAUGCCAGCUGGAGCGUCGCCGAGGUGAUCGGCCAGGUCUCCGGCCGGCCGCUGGCCGAGUACGUCGCCCAGGCGUGCGAGGCGCGCGGGGUUGAGGCGAAGCUGGACAAGAUUGAGCUGAAGCACUUGCCUGCUGCUGCUGAGGGCACGAAGAGGGAACGAGAGAGGAGGGAGGUUUUGGGCGAUAAUGAUCACGAACUGGGCCAGCUUCUCGAGAUCCUGGAUGGCGACUACACUGUUAUGGUGUACUCGGACCCGAACGAGUUCAAGGCGUACCAACCUGACUUCGUGGAGCCGGUCCAUACCGACAUGAAGCGCUGGUCUGAGGAGCUAGAGCUCGCCGCGAGGCAGAUGUCGAAUUCGACCUCGAGGUUGCCGCUGUUUGAAAAGUAUCAGUUCUUCACGCCGGGCAUCUUCAUGUCCUUCAUCGUGCUUGGUGUCGUCCUCUCCAUCCUGGGCGCCGGUCUCAAGGCGCUUGCCAGCCUGGAGGUCUCUUACGGCGCGUUCGACAAGGAGAUGGGACCGGCGGCGCAGAAGAAGCAGAUGUAACAUAGCGUAUCUGUCUCAUUACGCCGUGCCUGUGGCGCGGCUUUUUUGGUGGCUUGCAGCAUUCCUCGUUGUACUGGGAGUUUCGGGAGUUGGGCAUACUUGUGGUGUCAUGAAUGUUUAGACAUCUCUUGGAGAUAUUAUCGAUGACGGCUUCGGCGUGCUUAAUCGUGAAUGGCUUUUAAUGCCAGAGACAGUGAC